AUUCCUAUACCAAGAGAGGGCGCUUCUGCAACAAGUCAAAGAGCGGGGUGAACUCAAACAAAAAAGGUUGCAAACAGCUCGACCACCAUGGGAGGCAACGUCGUCUCAACAUCCUACAAGACGGCGAACACCACAGACUUGGAGGUAGCCAAGCCGGACGACUAUUCCACCCUCCAGGAUGAGAACAGCCAAUACGCAACCCCCAACACCACUACUAUGAAUAGUACACCGGACACGAGCAUUCCCUUAGAAGGGGGCAGAAAUGACACCCUGAACGAGGCAGAUGAUGAUGAGGGUGAGACAGCACCGUGGCAUGGCUUGCCGAUGGGGGUGGACGAGCACGGAAGCUUCGCCGUUAUCAACACCGAGGUUCCCCUGAACCACGUCCAGCAUGGCUACCCGGAGGAGAGGGAACCCCAGUGCUGCCGCGGGCUCAGAGAUCGAUGCAAGAUGGCGUGCCGGCCCUUGGUCGCCAAACACAACCAGCUUCCGGAAAGCCCGUCCCGGCGCGCCCGGCUCAAGUAUGCCUUCUUGUGCCCGCCUCACGGACUCGUCGCCAAAAUCGUCCUGAAUGUUACAAUCGUCGUGCUGCUGUGGGCAAUACUGUGGUCUAUCACCGGACCAGAAGCGUUGCCCGGGGGUAACCUGUUCGCUAUCUAUGUUCUGGUGGUGGUGGCAGCCGUUGGCGGUAAACUCAUCGAAUUGAUUCAUCUUCCGGCUCUGUUGGGCAUGCUGCUUGUUGGCUUCAUAUUCAAGAACGUCCCGGGCAUCCAAAUCGCCGACGACAUCCACCCGGGCUGGGCCUCGGCACUGCGCAACAUCGCCCUCGCGGUCAUCCUAAUCAAAGCGGGGCUUGGGAUCGACGCGGCGGCUCUACGCAGACUCAGCCUGGUCUGCGCUCGUCUGUCCACGGUGCCGUGCGUCUCGGAGGCCAUCAUUAUCGCCAUCAUGUCGCACGCGCUGUUGGGUUUCAGUUGGGAUUGGGCAUUCAUGCUUGGCUUUGUCAUAGCGGCAGUCUCUCCGGCCGUUGUGGUGCCAUCCGUCCUCGAGCUCCAGGAGAAAGGUUACGGUGUCCGCCGUGGUGUCCCUACGCUGCUUGUCGCCUCGGCCAGCUGCGAAAACGUCUUUGCCAUCGCGGCGUUUGGGGUCGCUCUCGGUAUAGCCUUCUCAUCGGACAAGUUAGCCAGUGACUUUGAUCAGGAAUCCGGGAACGCAACAUAUAACGGAACGAACCCUCCCUAUGACACCUCGCUGGAUAGUUCAAACGAUGGUGCUGGUGCAUUGGUGUUCGAUAUAUUCAGAGCACCCAUUGAGCUGUUGAUGGGCGUGGCCUUCGGUUGCCUAGGGGGCAUUUUUCUGUGGUACAUCCCUAACAAGAACCAGAAAUCUCUGACUUGGAAGCGUGCCUUACUAGUCUGCGGCGGAGGCCUGUUGUCGUUGUUUGGUUUUGCCCAAGCUGAGUUCACCGGUGCCGGGGCUAUGGGAUGCCUCAUCCUACCGUUUGUAGCUGCCCAGGGUUGGGGGAGAUCUAAGGAGCCUGUCAAUAAGAUUGUAGGCGUCAUAUGGACGCUGUUUGAACCAAUUCUGUUUGGUAUCAUCGGUGCUGCGGUGUCAGUUGAAUACUUGGACGGGAACACAGUUGGUUAUGGGAUUGCUAUCAUGGUGAUAGGUCUCAUCAUACGGACCAUUGUCACAUAUCUGGUAGUGUGUAAAGCGGGACUGACCAUCAAAGCUAAAGUGUUUGCUGCCCUCGCUUGGCUACCAAAGGCAACAGUUCAGGCUGCUAUUGGUCCUUUGGCGUGGGAGGUUGCUAUUAACAAGAAUGCGGGGCCAUUAGCUGAACAAAAUGGAAUAAAAGUGUUGACUUUAGCCGUGCUGUCAAUCAUCCUGACGGCCCCAAUCGGUGCCAUCCUAAUCGCUCUGGGCGGACCCAGGCUGUUGGAGAAAUCGCCCACGUCCGACAGCGCAGUGGACCACCCCAUCCCCGAGGUUAAAAUCGUCUCCCCCGAAGGGGAGGAGUCUCAGGGGAGUCAAGAGGGGGCGGAAGAGACCAGGGAAAGUCCUCGGGAGGGACCUGCUGAAACGUCGGCCAUGCUGUAGUACAAGGACAACGAUUGGUGAGCUCCCAUGCCAAAAAAUAUCUUGAGAAAGGACCAAUCGUCGCUUUAGUGCAACAAGGUCAUAUCUCCCCUUUGCAGCAAAUUUGAAUCUCCCGCGAAUACGCUCCGUGCAACACGGUCGCAUCUCGACGUCCAUUGACUUUGUGUGUACUUCGACACGACUUUUUGACAUUCUGAGACUCGCGUUUCACGUACGGCCCAUUUUAGGAGAUGUAAGAUCUUGAUGCAUAAACACGACGAAAUACACUUCUCUAAAGUACCUGAUGCCAAACUGAUAAUAGGCAUACCAAGUUUCGUCAUUUGAUUAUUUCGUUGCAGCUACAGACGCAAGUAGGCAGAUUCGGUCACAUGUCACCGCUCUCCAUUGUUUUCCUGUGUGCAGUGACUCUCUGUAAGACACUUUAAAGAGGUUGUGGAAUGCUCGAAGACAUUUC